AAACGAGUUGAAUUCUAAAAUCCGCAACAAUGAGGUGCAAAGUAGCAGUUGUAGCAGUUAUUGGUGUUCUAUCUUGGGGUAUUGUGGGGCAGGAAAUUUCAACGCAGGAUUCUAGUACAAAAGGAGAACAAAGGAUUGUUGGAGGGAAAAAUGCUGAGGAACCAUAUCCUUAUCAAAUUUCCCUUCAAGUGUUUGUCAAGGGUAACAAAGUGGGACCAUUUGGGCGGGAUGAUGGCUAUCGUCACAACUGCGGAGGAUCCAUCAUCAAUGACUAUUAUGUUGUCACAGCAGCUCAUUGCGUUGAAGACUAUUCGGUAGACCGUCUUGAAAUCCUAGCUGGAACAAGUAAAUUGGACAGUGGGGGUGAGAGAUACAAAGUUGACAACUAUCUGAUUCAUCCUGACUAUGAAGUCCUCAAUACAAGUGACAUUGCUUUGAUAAGAACAACUGAACCAUUCAAUUUCUCCAAUCCAAAUAUUGGAACGAUUGAUUACAAUGACGAAUACAUUGGGGGUGGAGUUGAAUGCGUUCUCACAGGAUGGGGCUAUACCACCCCCAUUAGAAUUGGAAAUCCACCAAAUGAUCUCCAGGAAGUUUAUGUUCCAACAAUUACAAAUGAACAGUGCAGAGAAGAAGGGAUGAGUGUUAAUCCAACGGAAAUUUGUACAAAGUCUGAAAAACUUUUUACAGGAGCAUGUGGGGGGGACUCUGGUGGUCCUUUGGCUAUCAAGGAGCGUAAUCUUUUAGUUGGGAUUGUAUCGUAUGGUACCAUUAUAUGUGCUAUUGGGUCUCCUGAUGUCUUCACAAGGGCUUCAGCAUUCAAGGAAUGGAUUGACGAAAACAGUCAAGCUUAAUUUAAAAUAUAUUUUCUUACGAAAUAACAUUUCCAAAUAACAAAUUAAUAAAUUUAACGCAUGGUAAUGAAUUUUUUAUAAACAUAUUAUCAAUGAUAAAACAAAAUGUUAAUAUUUGUUUUCGUGUGUAGCUGAUGAGGUAAUAAAGAGAGAUAACAUAAAUUUAAACUUUUGUUUAUAGAGAAAUUCUUGGAUGGCAAG